AUGGGAAUACACAAACUAACAGAAUUGCUGAAAGAGAAAGCCCCAAAGGCCAUAAGAAACAAAGAGAUAGAGAAGUACAGAGGAUGGAAGGUGGCAAUAGAUGCCAGCAUGAUUCUAUAUCAGUCUCUGGUAGCUAUUAGGUACGGAAUGGACAGUCUAAAGAACAAAGACGGGGAAAGCACAGCCCACAUAUACGGGAUAUUCUACAAGACCAUAAAUCUGCUGGAGAAGGGUAUUGUCCCUGUGUACAUUUUUGAUGGAAUUCCUCCAGACCUAAAAGAAAACACGCUUACAGAAAGGAGAACAAGGAAAGAAGAGGCAGAGAAGGCCAUGGAAGAGGCAGAAAAUGAAGAAGACAAAUUAAAACACGCCAAAAGAACGGUGAGAGCCACCAAGUAUCACGUAGAGUCAGCACAGGCUCUGCUAAAGGCCAUGGGAGUGCCGUAUGAAACAGCGCCGAAUGAAGCCGAGGGGUACUGUGCAGCUCUGAAUAGAGAGGGCGUCGUUGAUGGCGUUGUAUCUGAGGACAUGGACUCUCUUGCAUUUGGAUGA